ACAAAGCAUGCUCAGAAACACCAACACUCAGCAGACAGAACAGUUCAGGUUAUCAUGUAUCCAGAAAUGAGCAUGGCAGGUCCUCAAGAUUUGGUAAUGAGAUGUAUGGAUGAUCUGGUUGAGAGUGUGAACGAAACACGGCGGAUAUGUAGAGGAUUGAUGAACCAGGGUCUACUGAAUGAGGACAAAUAUAGGAUCAUUGCAGCAGCUCCAAGCUCCCAGGAUAAAAUGAAGCAGAUCUUUCAUGCUUUGUCUAGCAAAGGACAACAGGGGAGAGAUGCCCUUUACAGACUACUACAAGAACAUGAGCCUGAGCUUACCUUGCAGAUUGAGCAUGCUCUAUAUGUGCAAGCAGUGAAACAGAAGCUCAUUCAAUCAGUAAAGCAAGUGGAGCCAGUGGCCAACCUAAUGUUCUCCCAGGACCUGAUCACAGAAGAAGAAUACUUCCAGGUGUGUGAAAAUGAAGGAAGCGAGGCCAGGAUGCUCACCAUGUUUACAGUUUUGGAGCAGCAUGGGGUGAAAGUGACUGAUGGGUUCUACAACUCACUUUUCUACUGUGAGCCUUUACUUUACCGUGAGCUAGAAAAAGACAGGGUGCUUCAGAUGUGUGAAUUGAACAAAGAAAAUCUAAUACAUAAGGAAAAUCUAGAAGAAAGGUGGAGAGAGCUGAAACUCAAAGAAAAGCAAGUGGAAAAAGAGAAGGAGGAGCUGAGGAGAGAGUGGGACCUUGUUAAAAAACAAAAAGCUGAGAUGGAUCAGGAGAGGAAGCAGAUCUUUGAAUUGAAAAAAGAACUCAAAAUAUUAUGGAGAAAUUUGGAUGAAACAAAGGAGGAUGAAAAUUCUCACUUUCUCACCGAAAGAGAAGAGCAAAGAAAGACAGAACAAUGGGAACAACUGAACAACAACAGCUACACUAAAAAUGCAAACAAAAACUUGUUCAACUGAACUCUGUAUAACUCUUUAAUGAAGUAACCAUAGCAAGCCCUUUCAUAAUCUGUAUAUGACUGGCAAUAUGAUAAUUUUUUAAUAACACAUAUCAAACAUUUCUAUAAAAAAUCUAAAUGCUGUGUAUAAAUUAUCUGCAUUUGGUCAUCAUAAUUAUACUAUAGCUAUAAAGAAGGUAUACAUAAAGAAGUAAUAAAAAUGUGGCCUUUGAUUGGUGCCUACUCAAUAGUUUGCCCUGACUUGAUAAGAUGAGAAAAUUUGUCCAUAUGGAAGAAUGUGUAUAUAUGUGGGUGUGUAUAUAUAUAUAUAUAUAUAUAUAUAUAUAUAUAUAUAUAUAUAUAUAUAUAUAUAUAUAUAUAUAUAUAUACAUAUAUUUAAUAAUAUAAAUAUUUCAUUUUGGGUUUUUUUAUGCACACAAUAGAAUGAUCUCUCCACUUAGAGAGAUACAUUUUAUUGCAAAUUUUACAAAUGUAAUUGUCUAAUUUGAUUGUCUUAAGAUUAAAAAAAGAACUGAUAUUUUUUGCACCUGAACUUUUCUGUAAAAUAUUGUCAAAACAUUAAAAAAAUGAACCUA